UAAUGGGUAAAGGAGCAAAAUGUAUAUGUAAAUAGAUAUGGAAUACGAGGCGUUUUCUGAGGCGAAAAUUGAUCCACUCGGAAAUACAAAUGACAGUAUACCAAAUAACAGGGCUCAAUUUGGCGAUGAAAGCAGUCUCAAUUCUCUCAACAAGUCGAGUCUUUGUUCAAUAGCGGCUCAGCUGGAAGCCGAACUUGAAGCUUUUCACUUUGUUUUAUCUUCGUUAAAGAAGGACAAUUUGAAGAAGCACAAGGUGCUGCUGCAGUAUGGGCAGCUGAAUGCCACAGACCCCUUCUCAGCACUCCACAGAGACACACAGCUCCUCAAUACAUUCACCAGAUCCACAUCCUCGUCUGCUGCACCUGGCAAGGGCCACAGUGACAGCAAUGGAACUGCUGCUGCUGCCGCCGUCAGUGGAUCAGAUGUGAGUGGGAGUAGAGGAGGAGGAGGAGGGCAGAGGACAAGUUCGUGUGAGGAUGCGUGCCUUCAUCAAGCUUCUAUGGUCACUCACCAGCCACUGCUGUUCGUGGAGGAGUUGGUGAAAACGCACAAGCGCAAUCUGAACAGACUUGGAGUACAGAUUCUACACCUGGAAAGACGCUACCACAAGGCGUUGACUGAUCUGGAAGAGGAGAAAAAGAAGCACUCAGCUGACCAAGCAGUGGGGGAGGAAGUGGCUUACCACUUGGAGAAGGAGAGGGACAAACUCGUGCUCAAGUUGGAGGAGGAGCAAGGGGCCAGGAAGAACAUGGAGAAUAACUUGGUGAAGAUGAAGCAGCUGUUGAUGAAUGAAAGAAGCAGACGACAGAGUGACACGGUCAAAUUGCUGAAAGACAGACAGGCUUUGGUGUACAAACUGUACAAUGAGAAGAAACUCACGCAGACGGUGAGAGACAGCCUCGCAGCUGAGACAGGACGGGUAGGGGAGUUGAACUCUGCUGUGGACGAGUGGAGGGGGAAGUGUGGCCAUCUGGAAUCCCGUAUGCAACUGCAGUCCUCCGAAGACUCUCGCUCUGGCUUCGAGAAGCAGCAACUAGAAUUAAAACUGACCCGAUCGGAGAAGCAGUGCUCCAAUCUGCAGGAGGAGAUCAUCAGAUUGAAAGAGAGAAUAUAUGAGCUGGAGAAGGGAGGCCACACUCCUGCAUCCGACAUCCCAGAGAUAGUGGAGAGCAGACAACCUCUUUCUCAGCCAGCGCAGCAACCCAGAAGGGAGUAUGCCCCACCCCCAAACAUGCACAGCCAUGGGGGAGCAGUAGUGAAAAUGGGCGCUGGAUCCAGUGCGAAUAUAUCUGGAAUGAGCGCCUCGGCUCUUUCAGGGCUGAACCUGACGACAGCUUCUGCUCAAAACUUGUCCCAAGUGCACUCUAGGUCACCAUCGUCGACCACAAACAACAAUAAUAACAUUAGUAGUAGUAGUAGUGUAAAUAUUAAUCCAGUGCAAUCACCUUCGGCUGCCGCCGCCGGCACCCUUAAUUCCCAGUUGGGACCAGGGGGAAGCUCACGAGUGUCUCCUGGCACAGCCUCCGGUCCCACUGGUGCUUCUCCAAUGCUAUCCUCUCCUGGGCAGCAAUACCAGCAACACCCUCAUCCUCAGCUGCUCAUAAGUGCAAACGCAUCUCAAUCUCACCAGGCAAACAGUGCAAAGCGCAAUCUCAACGGUCGUUUUCCUCUAGAUGAAACAGCUUCUUAUAACGGACCAGUGGCACCCUCUGGCAAUUUAGGAAGUGCACCUCUCUCCCAGGCCCAUAUCCAGUCCUUGGCAGCCCAAUUUGCAGCCUCUCACUCCCACCCUUCUCUCGCUGUCUCUCCCACCGAUCAAUCGCCUCUGGGCAUGGAGAGGCUGAGCGUGCACACACCCAAUGGUCUCGACGCCUCCUCACAUGGCAGUCAAGAUCAUGUAGACUUCGGAUCAGGGGACUCGGGUUCCAGUGGGUUCCAAUCUAAAAAGAACUCGCAGCAUUCUGGAAGAAACUCCAAUUCUUUUCUGGCGCUCCAGCAGCAUCAUCCUGGCUCCUCAGCGUCCAGCUCUAGGCUCUCACCUCCCAACUCAGAGUUCAAUUUGUUCGCCAAUACACUUCCUGUCAUGACUUCGACAGGAUCUGGCUUCUCCAACAGGAGCACGAUACCCAACAGCUCUAUCCACUCAAUGGGAACAGUGGGGGUAAGUCAACAACAGCAACAGCAGCUCUUUUCAUCAAACCACAGCAGUCUUAGCCAAAUGUCUGCUACGCUCCAGCAGCAGAACAAACAGUUCCAGCAACAGCAUGCAUUCGCUUCCAGUAGCUACCAGAACAUGACCCAGCCCAAGUAUAGAAUCAGCACCGGUCCGUCCUCUGGCUUGGGAACUAUGGGCUCUACAGGUGCAGCUGGUGGCUAUGGAACCAAGCUGGGAGUUGGUUCAGGCACAGGUGGUGUGCUGUCGAGCUCCUCGUCUGGGACAAGUAAGCCAGACCCACCUGCCAGAACGUCAUCCUCCCUCUCGCACCAGAACAUACUGGGCAAUUCAUCUGGCCAAUCGCAUAGUCACUCACACAACCAGGCAGCCACAGCAACCAGUGGUCAAUGAAGACACUUGCAGAUGUAUUAGGUGGAACUUAGGAGAUGUAUUAGGAGAAUGCAAUUGAAGAACAUGACAUAAGACUCCACGCCCUCCAAGUAAGAUGGGUAAUGAGAGAGACUCAAUGGGUUACUUGUGAUUUAUCCUGUUGCAAUAACGUUUACGCACUGCAAUCACUCAUCUAGUUUUUGUAACUAAAAACAAGUUAGCUUUUAAACAAGUGUUUGUUUUAUGGGGCUGACCCUGCAUUAUCUCACCCAACACAACCUAAAGCAAUCUCCCUUCUCUGUCGAAUCUGAGCAGGGUUGCAGAGUGAGGCAAUGCUUCUUCCGGGCACCCAUCCAAUAUCAUCUCUCAGUCAUUAGCAGAGUCCCUUAGCCAUGCCCUAAAUUUUCUAUUUUAUUGCAAAUGAAUCGAAUUAAUUGAUAGUUUACUUUCCCCGCAAAUCUCUUCUUAGUUUUAUUAUACACCGUCACCCCCUUUACUUCACUUUUUGCGUCGCCUCUCAAAUUUUACUUUCAAAUGACUCUCAAUUUGUGUUGUUGUGGUGCACACACAACGUUGCUGAGUGUCGAAAUAAGAAUGAUAAAUAAUUACAAAUAGGUCUAAUAAAUUUUCUACAUUCUUAACUAAUUAAUCAUCUUAAAUAACACUUUGUAUUUUAUUCGUAAUUUAUUUGGAUAAUGUUCCCUAGAUCGUAAUUUUUGUUGAAUACAUUUCAAUUUGUAAAUCUAUACCACUUCAAACAUCGAAAUGUGCAUCUGAUGAGAAUUCAAAUAGUCACAUUUAACAUUUUUUGGCUUGCUGCAGUCCAAAUUGGUCAGCAGAAAAGCUACUGAACCUCAGUUUGCAUUGAUGAGCGACCUGACUGCGUUUGAAGUGGUUGUUGUGUGCUGUUUACUUAACUUCCUUGCUGCCCUUUCAAAGGACACCUCUUUUCCUUACAGUCUCAAUACAAUUGUGGCGUAAAUGGACGACACAACUUAAUUAGUUGGUAGUUAAUUGAUAACGUUUAAUUUGAACCAGCCGAGUGCUUGUUGCAAGUGCGUUCGACUAGUGGUUCGCAGCAUAUGAGAUUUUUAUUUGUGUCAGAUAGAACAUUCAUAUUCAUUCUGUAAAUAAUUUUCAAUUUCAAAUUUUUCCACUCAA